GCAUCCGUGCCAGCAACAUCCCUGGCAGCUGACAUGCACCAGGGCUCUGAAGCCCAAAGUUUCGAGGCCGCUGCACGGAGAGUUACGCAGCAGGUGAAAGCCAUGGAAAAGCAGUUCGACGACAGCUUCAAAUUUGAUGACCUGAUCCAACCGGCCGCGCGGCUGCAAGAUUUUGCAGGAGCGGCUGUGCAGUGGAAACACAACGUGCUCGUCGAGAUUCAAUUGUUGCACUUCUACGAGAUGAAAUCUUAA